CGUCAACAACAUCCAUAUUGCCCAUUUUUCGUAAUGAGUUUAAAAAAUAUAAUUAUUGAUUUUCAGUACAAAGGCAUUGACGAAGAGUAGACUAGGUGUUAUAAAUAAUGAAACGUACUUAAAGUUAUGAUUGCUAUAAAUGCACGGCCAUAGUAUCUUACGUUGUGAAUAUUGGUGAUAGAAUUUUUAUUAUUAAAUGAAUACAAGGUUAGUUACUAGAUAUAAAAUAUAUAUGAAUGAUGGAAUCGACAAACACGUCGAUCAAAGACGAGAAGCCAGAUAUAAAAGAUAUAAAAAUCGAGAAAACAGAGGAUGACAGUAGAAAAGACCCCACUUCCUUCUUGCCAGAAGAAGCAAUGUCUUACGAAAUCAAGCCUAAGAAAAAGAAAAAGAAGAAAAAGAAAGUUGUAAUGGAAGACCCCUUUAAAGAUAUAGAGGAGAAAGUCAGUUUACCAACUUCCACAUUCUACGAUCCAGUUACAGAUGCUGAUCAGGGAUCAUUGGAUCCAGAAGUUAAUAUAAAGGUUGAGAAUAUUGAAGUAGAGUUGGAUUUUAAUGAUUUUGCAAACGACAGUGGCUUGAUGCUAGAGGGCCCUCAAAGUGAAGAGAGUCAGGAGCCGGCUGUGAAAAUAGAAGAGCAGAACCACGAAGCAGUGCUUCUAACUUUCGAAAGUAUACUUAAGGAAAAGAACCUCUUGAGUUACGCCCCAGACGAAAACGUCUUGGGAUACAGCUCCAUCACAGCCCCCGCACCGAACUAUGUCUGCAAAGUAUGCCACCUAGUGUUCCAAACACCGAAAACUCUGAGAAUGCAUCAAAAAAGGAAGCAUAAAUCUUACCGAAAGUCUUUCAAACAUAUAUGUGAUUACUGCGCCAUGGCUUAUGAACAGAAGAACAGUUUAGUAGCGCAUAUAAAAAGGAAACACGGACCGAACUCAGUACCUGACGAUUCCCAGGAACGAACGUGCGACGUGUGUGCUCUAGUCUUCAAAGGAAUAACGAGAUUGCGUAUGCAUAUGAGAAGGAAACAUGGCUCUUUCGAGGAGUCCUUUAAACAUGUUUGCGAAGAGUGCGGAUUGACGUAUGACAAGCAUAGGAGUUUAAUCGUCCAUAUGCAAAGAAAACAUUCGAACGCACCCAAACCAGAGUUGGACACUUGGUACAAUUGCCCGUUCUGCCCCAAAGUGUUCACCAAAAGGGAGACUUACGCGAGGCAUGUUCAAAGGAAACAUCGGAUAAACGAUGACGAGAACGAGAAACAAAUGCAGGAACGAGAAAAACGGGAAACCAAGGAAUUAAUGCAUUGCAAGAAUGAAGAAACGGGAGAGAUUACGUGCAAGGAAUGCCCACUUGUUUUCUCUUCAUUAAACUUCUUGAAACUGCAUAUGAGAAGAAAACACAAUGCGUUGAAAGAUGAUUUCAGAUUGAAAUGUAUGAUAUGCAAUCUCUCCUAUGAUAAAGUUGAAAGUUUAAAACGUCAUAUUAGAAGGAAGCAUGAUAAGGGAACUGAUUGUGAUGUUUGCGAGAAGAAAUUCGAAACUCGCGAAAUGUAUCUCGGCCACACACACAAGAGAAUGAUUCAGGAAUGCCACAUUUGCGGUUUAGUGUUCGCGUCUAGAGGGGGGCUAUGUAAACAUUUACGAUGCACCCACAAAAUUGAAUCACCCAAAACUGUGUUUUGUGAUUUGUGCAAUGAGAGCUUCCACGAUAAACGACAGUUAAAACCUCAUUACAUGAAAGUUCAUUUGAAAGUGUCGUACACAUGUCGAUUUUGCAAAAAAGUGUUCCGGGCAAAGGAAAGUUACAGACGGCAUGUGUUAUUAAAACAUCCGAAUUUCAAUCAAGGUCAGAGUCAGCAAAAAUGUGAUCAAUGCUCUGAAAUGUUCAUAGAUGAAUUUGAACUGUGCAAACAUAUCAAUAAAGUUCACCAUACACCCAACACUGAUACAGGUGCCCCAACUGUGGUAGAAGUAAAGAAGGAAGAACUAGAUAUACCAGCCAUGUUCCAAUGCACGAAAUGUCCAGAAAACUAUGGCAGUUGGGAACACCUAAAAGUGCAUUAUGAGUUGAACCAUCAAAAAAUUGCAAACACACAGUGUCAAGUCUGUGGUGAAAUGGUCCCAGAGUUAGAUAUACAGAAGCAUAUCAAACUACACCAUACUGAUACGACGGUGCAGUGUAGAUACUGUGAAUUUGAAACAACCAAUCGUGCGAGUAUGACCCAGCAUAUGCUGAGACAUAAAAAUGCAACUACACUACACUGUGAUUUCAAUGGUUGUAGAUACAAAACAUAUUAUGAAGGUGCCAUGAACAAACACAAGAGAAAACACGAAGAUUUAGGUGUCAAACUUCAGUGUACUCAAUGCCCAUUCCAGACAAUGAAUAAAUACAUUCUAAGAUAUCACGAGGAAGCUCAUGCAACUGGCAAAAAGAAAUACAUGUGUGACAAAUGUGACUAUGCAACUAUUCUACCAGCUAAUUUAGUACAGCAUAAAUACAAACAUUCAGCAGAAAAGCGGUUUAAGUGUGAAGUCUGCCCAUUUGCUACGAAGUACAAUACGUCGUUGCGUUUUCACGUUAAGAAAAAACAUUGUGAUCUUCCAACAUUCAAAUUAAUAUCAAAUUGAUUAUUUUUUAUUAUUGUUAAUAUUUAAGUUUUUGGUGUUAUGUCUUUAUAAACUUGAUUUAUUAAAAAGUAAUUGACUCUUUAAGUUAAUAAAA